AUGGAGCUGUCCCCUCAAGAUAAAAUCGUCCCCAACGACAGCGACUUAUCACCGCUUUCCGAGGCGUUGGUUGCUGCACUUGGCGCUGUCAUUGCUGGGGUUUUCACACUUCAAGCUGAAGCCGAGGCAGCAGCAAAUGUGGAGGCGUCAGGACCAACUGCAGCAGCUGCACAGGGAGGAGCAUCAGCUACAGGGACAACAGCAACGCAUUCAGUAGCGGCGCAAUCAGAGUCAAGUGCUGGUGCAGCAGAAGCUGGUGAAGAAGCGGCAGCGCACUCAGAAGAAGCAGCAACAGAAGCAGCAGCAGCGACGCCAGACUCGUCCGCACUAGCCCCACAUUCACUGGCAGACACAGAAGCUGCAGCAACACCUGAGUCAUCAGCAGCUGCGGAGCCCGCAGCAGAGGCAGCAGAGACACCCGGCUCAACACCAGCUGGGACAGUGGGAACGUUCGAGUUAUCUGAAACAAGGAGAGCGGCUUAUCGUGCUGCUGCCGCUAGCUUGGUGUAUCUUGCGGUGUCUAAGCACCCCACUAUAUCGGCAAGAGCAAUCGAAUGGGCAGCUGCUGCUGCACAAACUGAAGAAGAAACUGAAGUGACGGAGGCGUCUGCUUCUGCAAGCCGCACACAGCAGGUGAAGGCAGCGGUGGCACGUCUGCUGCAAGAAGAGGUCGAACGAAAGCAGGACCAAGGAGCUUAA